AUGGCCCGGAGGGCGCUGGAGCUGCUAUUGCUGCUGCUGCUGGGGGCGCCACUUUCUCCGGGCGUCCACGGCUCGGAGGCGGAAGGCCAGCUCCGGGACAAACUUUUCUCGGGCUAUGACAGCUCGGUGCGUCCGGCACGGGAGGUGGGAGACCGCGUCCGGGUCAGCGUUGGCCUCACUCUGGCGCAACUUAUAAGUCUGAACGAGAAGGACGAGGAGAUGAGCACAAAAGUGUACUUAGACCUGGAGUGGACCGACUACAGGCUAAGCUGGGACCCUGCGGAGCAUGACAACAUCGACUUACUGCGGAUCACAGCUGAAUCCGUGUGGUUACCAGAUGUCGUGCUAAUGAACAACAAUGACGGGAAUUUUGACGUCGCUCUGGACAUUAACGUCGUGGUGACUUCUGAUGGUUCUGUGCGCUGGCAGCCUCCGGGCCUUUAUCGCAGCAGCUGCAGCAUCCAGGUUACCUACUUCCCCUUUGACUGGCAGAACUGUACCAUGGUGUUCAGUUCCUACAACUAUGACAGCUCAGAAGUUGUCCUGUGGACAGGUCUGGGGGCUGAUGGACAAGAUCGGCAGGAAAUCAACAUUCAGGAAGGCACUUUUAUUGAAAACGGCCAGUGGGAGAUUAUCCAUAAACCUUCUAGGCUUAUCCAGCCUCUGGGAGAUUCUAGGGCAGGUGGGGAAGGACAGCGUCAAGAAGUCACCUUCUAUCUCAUCAUUCGCCGGAAGCCUCUCUUCUACCUGGUCAACGUCAUUGCGCCAUGCAUCCUCAUCACUCUCCUGGCCAUCUUUGUCUUCUAUCUCCCGCCAGAUGCAGGGGAGAAAAUGGGGCUCUCGAUCUUUGCCCUACUGACCCUUACUGUGUUCCUGCUGCUGCUGGCAGACAAAGUGCCUGAGACUUCCCUAUCCGUACCCAUCAUUAUCAAGUACCUUAUGUUCACCAUGGUCCUCGUCACCUUCUCAGUCAUCCUCAGCGUUGUGGUUCUCAAUCUGCAUCACCGCUCACCUCACACCCACCAAAUGCCUCUUUGGGUUCGACAGAUUUUCAUCCUCAAGCUUCCUCGGUACCUGGGUCUAAAGAGGCCCAAACCUGACAAAGACCAGAUGCUGGAGCCCCUUCCUUUAGCCCUUAGAGAUUCCCCAGGAAGUGGCUGGGGUAGAGGAACAGAUGAAUAUUUCAUCCGGAAACCGCCGAGUGAUUUUCUUUGUCCCAGACUCAACAGGUUCCAGGCUGAACUGACUGCCUCUGACCUGCGGCGAUUUAUCGACGGCCCCAGCCGGACAGUAGGCUUGCCCCCUGAGCUCCGGGAGGUCGUUUCUUCCAUUAGCUACAUCGCUCGACAGUUGGAGGAGCAGGAGGACCACGAUGCGCUGAAAGAGGACUGGCAGUUUGUGGCCAUGGUAGUGGACCGCCUCUUCUUGUGGACCUUCAUCAUCUUCACGAGCGUCGGGACCCUCGUCAUCUUCUUGGACGCCACAUACCACCUGCCUCCUUCCGACCCCUUUCCUUGA